ACUAGUUUCCCGGAACGAUUUUAUAGGAAUUGGACCUUGCGAGAUUUUCGACGCCAAACCGCAGAGCUCCGGAGCACAUCCGUUCAUGACAUCAAUCCACCCACGCGGCAAUUGCUCUUGAGCGUUGGUAUCUCGCAAUUACCUACACAUCGCUUGGAUACCGCAAGAGGAGGAGGUACAUGAAAAACACUUAAUGAUAAUAUUCCACCAUGCAAGGACGCAAUCUGGUGUCGUUGCUUUCUCGUGGCUCUCCCUCUCUUCGGGCCGUCGGAGCAGCAUUUGCUCGCAAGCCCUUCUACAGCCGAGUUCAGAACGCGACUACGCCAGCUUCGAUUCGUUUAUUGUCAUCAUUACCGAACCUUCCUCUCUUUCGUGCACUCAAAGAUCAUGACUCCUCAAGUCUCGCCGUCAUUCAUAGCGCAUCUUCGCGGUUCUUCACGUACGGUAACUUGGUCGCGGACGUGCUGCAGGCGAAAGAACGCCUGCUAGGGUCUGUCGGGGGAAGACAGGAUUCGCUAUCCGGGGAAAGGGUUGCAUUCCUUGCGGAGAAUAGCUACGAUUACGUAGUAACACUCCUCUCUAUCCUUGCAAGCAAUGCGAUUGCUCUACCUCUCUCUCCCGCGUUCCCUGUCGGCGAACUCAAGUAUAUCCUCGACAACUCCCAGGCCAAGGUGUUGGUCGCUACUCAGAAGUACGCGGAUAAGGCGCACGACCUGCUCAAGGCCGGGUUGAAUACAGAGCCCGUACUGGAUAUCAAGGAGAAGAUCCAGGCGGGUGCGACUAGCUCGCACCCGGUCUCUUUGGAGGAGCUUGACGGGGAGAGAUCGCUGGGAGGGAUGAUGCUUUAUACUUCUGGGACUACGAACCGGCCGAAAGGCGUGCUCAUUCCCCAAUCAGCACUCACCGCACAAGCGGCUUCCCUAUUAGAGGCGUGGAAAUAUACACCUGAAGAUCGAUUGCUUCAUCUUCUUCCGCUGCAUCACAUCCAUGGAACUGUUAAUGCAAUUGUGACGCCUAUACUUGCCGGGUCUUCCAUUGAAUUCAUGUUUCCGUUCAACACAGACGCUGUAUGGAACAGGCUUGCAGCGCCGUUUCUACCAAACAGCACGACUAAGAGUAAGAUUACAUUCCUUACAGCUGUGCCGACUAUCUACAACCGAUUGCUCUUAAGCUUUCCCAGCCUACGUCCCGAAAUUCAAGAAGCUGCGAAGAAGGGCAUUUCGCCCGAGAAUCUCCGCUUGAACAUUUCUGGCUCCGCCGCUCUCCCGACACCGACCAAGCAAGCAUGGCAGGAUCUCAGUAAUGGAAACGUCCUCCUUGAGCGCUUUGGAAUGACUGAGGUCGGUAUGGCCAUUAGCUGCGGGCUCGACUUCGCGGACCGUGUAGAUGGGAGUGUCGGCUGGCCGCUGCCGUCUGUCGAGGCUAGGCUGGUCGACACUGAGACGAACGAAGUCAUCAAGCCUGGAGAGGAGCUCGAUGCCAACGGUCGUGAGCAGGAAGGUGAAAUCCAGCUUCGUGGGCCGACGAUCUUCCGCGAGUACUGGGCUAAUGAGAAGGCCACAAAAGAGGCUUUCGUGGAUAGCGAAGAUGGGAAAGGCAAGUGGUUCAAAACAGGCGACGUUGCUACCCGCCGAAUAGUCCAGAACGCCGGCAAGGGGACCAGCGGUGAAUGGGCCAGAGGCCCAAUGUACUUCAUCCAGGGUCGACUGAGCGUCGACAUCAUCAAAACUGGUGGAGAGAAAGUCAGCGCGUUGGAGGUUGAGAGGGAGUUACUCUCACUCCCUCAGAUUACCGAAGCCGCCGUUGUUGGUCUUCCAUCCGAGCAAUGGGGCCAAAAGGUCGCUGCGGUAGUCGUCCUGAACCCCGAAGUAGCAGCCAAGACAGGUCGCAACGGCAAACCCUGGGGUCCCAUGGACAUGCGGCGCGCCCUUAAAGACCGGCUAGUGAGCUACAAGCUGCCCCAAGAGAUGAAGAUCCUUGACGGGCCAAUUCCGAGAAAUGCCAUGGGAAAGGUAAACAAGAAGACGCUUGUCAAGGAGGUCUUCGGAUUGUAGAUCGUACCUCCAUUCCUGUAUAGUAAGCUGCUCAACGAAAUAUGUAAAUUCGCCCAUGACCAUGGUCGGACAUUCUGACAACGACCGUUCCGAGUAACCUGGGAUUAUACACAACCAUCAUGAUGUUACAAUGACGGAAAGGAAGCUUGGGCGGAUAUCCGCCGAUUCAUCGCUUGAAAGGUCUUGAGGUGAAACAUGGUAUUUGACAAGAUACCAUACAUCGAGCGCAUCUGGACGGAAAUAAUCCGCAUGUCCUCGAUUGAAAAGAGUAUUGAAAUGGCGCGACUAUCAAUAAGCAAUUCGACUCCUUGGGCGGGCUUGUUGCCAGUUGGCGAAAGACGCCUGCUGAGUCGGGCACAGGUUUUGCAAUCUAGAGAGAGUCUCCGAAGUGAAGGCUAUCAAUCAGGCAG